AUGUUCAAAUUUGUACUUGUUGCCACUUUGUUAGCUUGCGUAGUUGCGGCUCCCGUUGACGAUGAUGCUCAUGCUGAAGUUAAGGAAUUGAAAUCGGACGUACGUGCUGACGGCUUUGAUUUCACUUUGGAUACCAGCAACAAUAUUCACGAACAGGCAUCUGGAGAUGCUCAUGGCAACGUUCACGGUGACUUUGAAUGGGUUUCACCUGAAGGUGUUCAUGUCAAGGUUUCCUAUACAGCCGAUGAACAAGGUUAUCACCCAUCUAGUGACUUGCUCCCUACUCCACCUCCAGUACCAGUAGCCAUCUUAAAGGCUCUUGAAUUCAUUAACGCUCAUCCCCAAAAAGAAGAAGCCAAACACUAA